AUGGGUAACGUAGGUCGCAAAUUCUCGUACUGUCUGCCUCCUAAUUUCAGUGGAAAUACCACAAGUAUCACCGUUGGUCAACAAAAAGUGCUGCUGACAGGUCAAAGCGACGGAAACAUAGUCAUUGAUUCUGGGACGACAUUGACAAUGCUUCCAUCAAGCUUUUAUGACCAGGUUGAAGCUUUGGUGAAGCAAGCCAUUGGAUCCGACCAAUUCAUAGAACAAAUCAAUCCGUUCAAAUUGUGUUACACAAAUGCUAACUCCAUCAAGAAUUUCCCAAAUUUUGAGGUUCAUUUUACGGGAUCCAACCUUUCCUUAAAACCUCAGAACUUUUUCCUUUUCGGCGACGAUAUUAUGUGCUUUGCCAUUCUUCCCACUGAUUCAAAUGGAAUGUCCAUUUAUGGAAACGUGGCCCAGGUUGAUUUUGAAGUCGAGUAUGAUCUUGGUAAGAAAAAAGUUUCUUUCGCUCCUGCUGGCUGUGCUAAUAAAUAG